AAUAAAUUCUUUGAUUUUGUAGGACUCACUUACGAGUACAAAGCGGUAGACUUCCCAAAUGGAGAGCACUUUAGCCCAGAGUUUGAACGUUUGAACCCUCUUCACUACGUUCCAGUGUUAGUGGAUGGUGAUAUGGUGGUUGGAGACUCUUUCGCCAUCUUGCUGUAUUUGGAAGAGAAGUAUCCCCAAAAUGCUAUUUUGCCACCUGAUCCCAAGGGCAGAGCUCUAAAUCUCCAGGUAGCAAGUAAUAUUGGCUCUAGCAUUCAGCCCCGGCACCUUAAGUCACUUCUGGAAUACAUUGAAGAAAAAGCCGGUCCUGGUGAACGACUCUUGUGGACUGAACAUCAUAUAGGAAAAGGUUUUGAUGCUAUUGAGAAGUUGCUGAAAGAUUUCAAUGGCAGAUAUGCUACAGGAGAUGAAGUAUACAUGGCUGAUAUUUUUCUAGCCCCACAGAUUAGUAUAUCUAUCACGAGGUUCAACAUUGAUAUGUCCAAGUUCCCAACUUUAAGUAGGAUCUAUGAAGCUUAUAAGGAUUUACCAGCAUUCCAAGCUUCCCUGCCAGAAAGGCAGCCCGAUGCUAUUUUACAGUAGGAUGUAUUUCCAUAUUCAUUAUGUCUAGCAGUAUAUUUUACAUACAUAUACUGGCGUAUCUGAACUGAUACUUACAUUAUUUAAGCUUGUAUGAAUUAUUUCCUUCAAUGCUCUA